UUUUUAAAACAGAAACUGAGCACACAAGUACCUCUCUCAACAGUCAACAAGCAUAACACACAGGUGUGUUUUUAGAGAGAGAAAGUGCGUGUUUAGAGAGAGAGAGGAUAGCGUCGUCAUUUCGGAGACGGAUCUUAGUUGCGUGAAGAGAGAGAAACACACUAUACACAGUGUUUUUAGAGAGAGAGAGAGAGAGAGAGUGUGUGCGUUGAAGAGAGGUGAAUUGUGUGGAGUCUCUAAUUUUCCGAUUGGAGCAUUUUCGUUUCAAGCAAUGGAAAGAAGCACUCCGGUGAGGAAGCCUCACACGUCAACGGCAGAUCUGCUCACCUGGCCUGAAAAUCUCCCCGCCGAUUCGCCGGCGACCGCUUCUGCUACUUCCGGUGCUCGCUCUGCUGCUCGUUCACACCAGCCGUCGGAUGGGAUCAGUAAGGUUGUGUUUGGGGGCCAGGUUACAGAUGAAGAAGUCGAGAGUCUAUUGAAUAGGAAACCUUGUUCAGGAUAUAAAUUAAAGGAGAUGACUGGUAGCGGUAUUUUUGCAGCCAAUGGAGAAAAUGAUACAGAAUCUGAUAGUGCUAACGCUACCCCAAAUAACAAAACUGGAAUACGUAUGUACCAGCAAGCGGUUGCUGGAAUCAGCCACAUCUCAUUUGGUGAUGAAGAGACUGUUUCUCCUAAGAAGCCUACUUCAAUCCCUGAGGUGGCGAAGCAGCGCGAACUAAGUGGGACACUAAGCGAGUCCGAGGCAAAGCUGAAGAAGCAGCUUUCUGAUGCCAAGUACAAGGAGCUUAGUGGACAAGACAUUUUUGCUCCCCCGCCUGAAAUUCAGCCCCGGCCAUUGGCUGCUCGUGCAUUGGCGUUGAGAGAAAGCAUAAGCAUUGGAGAAUCUGCACCAUCUUAUGUAGGCCCAUCCGUCAAAACAUCUAAUCCUGUUGGAGCCCAGAGCAAUGGCAUAUUUGGCGAGGAACCAGUGAUAAAGACAGCAAAGAAGAUUCCCAACCAGAAAUUUGCAGAGCUGACAGGAAAUGACAUUUUUAAGGGUGAUGCUCCUCCUAAAUCUGCGGAGAAACCACUGAGCUCAGCAAAACUGCGUGAGAUGAGUGGCAGUAAUAUCUUUGCUGAUGGGAAGAAGGAAUCUCGAGACUACCUAGGCGGGGUUCGCAAGCCCCCUGGUGGGGAGAGCAGCAUUGCCCUAGUUUAACUUGUUAGGUCUAACUCAAUUAUUUUUACAUUAUUACUUUUGUUUCUGGUUUUAUCUUAUUCCUGGUUGGUUUUGUUCUCAUAUGAUUUGACCUUGUGUUGUGGGUUUUGGUAUUGGUUAUAUUUAACAUGUUCACUAGCAGCUGGGGACUAUUGGUUAAUUGGGUGGUAUGUCCAUAAUCUUGUGUUUUUCCGGUCUUUUGUCUUAAUGAAGUGCAUGGCUGUUACUAAAAA